CAUCAACAUCAUUUUAUGGGCAAGGGUGUUGGGCGGGUGACUAAGCAAGGCGGACGACCAAUCAUAACGCACUGUUUGACUUGAUCUGGAAAUUGUCGAAAGUGUGCAAUUUUGACUUCAAACCCGUUGAACGUCUACGCAAUACCGAACAACUUCAUCACAACAACUUUCCUAAUGUCGUCAACCAGAAUUCUGCGUAUUGCUACGCGCGCGCAGCCAUCGGCAAUUUUCCGAUCCAAUGGACUCCGAAGUUUCACUCCCCGCGCUGCCCCAACAAUGAGCGCAACUUCUGCCAGCUGUUUCAGCACCACAAGCCGAAGUCUGGCUGAGCCCGAUAAGGACGGCCAAGAAGCUGCUCAUCAUGAGGAGAGUUUUGAGGAAUUCACAGCUAGGUAUGUUGGUCUUCAAUUGGAGGGGCAUUCUUCUCGCAUUUGAGCAUGUUCCCGCACAACCGAAGGGAACCGAAUGAAGAUCAGCACGAAAGGUCCAAGGUUGGCUAAUGGCCAGAUAGAUAUGAGAAGGAAUUCGACCAAGUUCAAGAUGUUUUCGAGCUUCAGGUAUGUGCUCUCCUCAUCUAUCCUUCCUUGCCCCCCACAUCUUCUACGAGCAUACCUACAGAUUGCUGAUCAUCGUAUGAUCUUUUUUCUAUAUAGCGAAAUCUCAACAACGCCUUUGCCUACGAUCUCGUGCCUUCUCCAUCUGUCGUUAUUGCCGCAUUGAAAGCUGCAAGAAGGGUUAACGAUUUCCCCACGGCCGUACGGAUCUUCGAGGGUAUGUAAUAUUGCUUUAUAUCGCGGAAGUGGGGUGGAUAGUAGGCAUACUUAAAGAGUCCAGAGCUGACAUUACCACCCAUUAGGUAUCAAGGCAAAGGUCGAGAAUCGUGGUCAAUAUGACCAAUAUUUGGAGGAACUUAAGCCUCUUCGUGAGGAAUUAGGCGUGAGCCUGAAGGAGGACCUCUACCCAGAGGCUAAAUAGAUGACGAUAAUGGUGAUGACCGGAAGGCAUAUUGUAGAUGGAGGGACAAUGAUAGUGGGGUUAGAUGGACGGAGUGCUUCAAGACUCUGAAUUGCGACUUUUCUUAUCUGUACAGCUGUAUCAAGAAUCACAAUCCACAAUCCACAAUCCACCCCUACCAGUUCGGGAGAGACUUAUCAAG